AUGUCACUGGUUACUAAGAACAAUCUGCGGUAUUGCAAAUACUUUCUGCCGCAUCACUGUGUUUUGAAGGAAGAGAGCACAACUACAAAACUCCGCGUUGUAUUCGAUGGCUCUGCGGUUUCAUCUUCUGGAUACUCGUUGAACGACUUGCUUAUGACAGGACCCACCAUACAACCUAAGCUGUUCAACACAUUGCUUCGGUUUAGAACCUUUCCAAUCGCUUUGACGGGUGACAUAUGUAAGAUGUAUCGUUGUGUACGAGUCUCAGAGCCCGAUAGUUAUCUGCAGUGCAUCUUGUGGCGUGACUCCCCACAGCAGCCGGUCAACGUCUUUAAACUUGACACAGUCACUUAUGGUACAAGACCAGCUUCAUUCCUCUCAAUUCGUUCGAUGCACCAGUUAGCCAUUGAUGAACAAACUGUCUACCCCAUAGGCUCAAAAAUAUUAAAGCGCGAUUUUUAUGUCGAUGAUCUUAUUACAGGCGGUGAGUCCAUUCAAGAAGUCAAGGAAAUUAUGAGUCAAACUAUAAAGCUGCUGGAAAAAGGAGGAUUCAAGUUGAGAAAGUGGUGCUCCAGUAAUCCUGAAUUGUUGCAGACGAUACCACCUGAUGAUCGAGAAACACUACUUAAGUUCGACGAUGGAAGCGAUAUAACUAAAACACUCGGUUUAACUUGGGAUCCUGCAUCAGAUUGCCUAUUAUAUUAUUGUUGGUCUGAUUCGGCGGUGGUGUUAUCCUGGAUCCGCGACGAACCUUCAAGAUUUCAAAUCUUUACAGCUAAUCGCAUAGCCACUAUACAGGAGUUGACUGCGGGUAUGGAAUGGCGCUACGUGCCUACGAAGUUUAACCCAGCUGAUAUUUUAUCCAGAGGUGCAACCUCUAACGACCUCAUUAACUCAUCUCUAUGGCUGCAUGGACCGGAUUUUUUAGCUCAAGAUAAAAACAAUUGGCCAAACCCUUGCAGUCAACAUGUUUUUGGUUAUAUUUAUAAGUUCCAAAAUCGCUUGCGGCUUUCUGGACUGACUGUUGAUUGCAUACGGCGUGGCACAAAACUACUCCUGCGCACCAUCCAAAGGCUUCACUUCAAAGAGGAUCUCAAAUGCCUUCAAGCCGGUCAAGGUGUGAAGGCAUCUAGUUGCAUUGCGUCGCUCUCACCAUUCAUCGAAAGUUGUGGAUUGCUUCGUGUGGGUGGACGACUGAAAAAUUCAGCGCUCGACUUCGAGGCGCAGCAUCCAGUCAUACUGCCGAGGCGUCAUCCUGCCACUCAGGCAAUCAUUAUGCAUUUUCAUAGGCGCAAUUUGCACGCGGGUCCUCGUUCCCUACUAGCAUACAUUCGGCUGCAGUAUUGGCCUAUUGGCGGACGAAAAACUGUUUCGAACGUUGUAAGCAAAUGCACUCUAUGCUUCCGAGCUAAACCGCACUUAGCGGAACAUAUUAUGGCUGAUCUUCCGGAAGAUAGGGUAAACUCAUCUUAUGCAUUUAUGGUCACAGGCGUCGAUUAUUGUGGACCAUUCCAUUAUAAAAACGAAAUACGCAACAAGCAACUCAUAAAAUGUUACAUUUGCAUAUUCAUAUGCUUUGCCACGAAAGCUGUGCACCUGGAGCUCGUAGCAGACUUAUCAACGAAGGCAUUCUUAAAUGCACUAAAGCGGUUCAUCCUAACGCGUUGUCGCCCCACUCGUAUAUGGUCGGACAACGCAACCAACUUUGUCGGCGCUAAGAAUGAGAUGGCAGAAUUAAAACGUUUAUUCCUGAGCGAUAAUCAUGUGCAAGCAGUUCAUGAAUUUUGUCUAGCUAAUACCAUAGAAUGGCAUUUCAUUCCACCUCGCUCUCCACACUUUGGUGGGCUUUGGGAAGCGGCCGUUAAAACUGCAAAAUAUCAUUUUCAUCGCUCGGUGGGCUCGUCAUUAUUAAACUUCGAUGAACUGCGCACACUUAUUUGCCACAUAGCGGCAAUUAUUAACUCAAGACCUUUGUUUCCACUUUCAGACAAUCCGGCUGAUUUAGACGUUCUAACUCCAGCUCACUUCAUUGGCACUGCUCCUAUCUCUACUUACGUUGAACCAGAUGUCACGAAGAUUAACUUUAAUCGUUUGGAUCAAUGGCAGCGCGUAUCAUACUACCAGCAGAUAUUUUGGGCACGUUGGCAUGAGGAGUACUUAACUACCUUGCAGCAGCGCUCAAAGUGGCACACACAGAAUUUCGAACUCUGCGUCAACGACAUAGUUUUAGUAAAGGACGAAAAUCUGCCUCCUCUCAAGUGGCCCCUAGCAAGAGUCACCGAACUAAUAUAUGGAUCAGAUCGUGUGGCACGUGUCGCAGUACUAAAGACUGCAAAUGGAGUCAUCCGAAGAGCCAUCCGAAAGCUAUGCCUAUUGCCAAGACAGGAUGAGGUUGAAAGCCAGAGUCUUCCAACGGGGGGAGGAUGUUUGGUUAUGCAGAAAGCAGCGCAGUCAGCGCAACCAACAUAA